GAAGAAGGAAGCCAGGCAAUAAAUGUCUCUGCGGUGCCUGAGAGGGGAGCACGGCAGGCACACAGCUCCCUUGGCACUCUUUAGCUGUGCAUUCAUUCCCUCCUACUUUUAUUUUUUUCUUUUUGGGGACCAAGCGCCUCCCUGUACACACACAGCCAACCGUAAUGUAGAGCCUAGUGCAGGGGGAGGGGCAAGCGGCAGGUGCUAGGUGGGAACUUGCCGGAGUGAGGAGAAGCGAGCGGCGCACUGGAGGGAAGAGCAGACGUGGGCAGAGUACAUCAGAGUACAUGAGAGAACAGAGGGGUUUCUUGGCGCUAAUGAUAUAGUAUGGUCAUAGCACAAGGGAGAUAAACUCAAGGGUAAUUGUGUGGCAUCCGUGCGGGCAGGGGAAAUGUCAGCAGUGCGUGGCACGGAGCCCAGUCCUGCAGCCGGAGCCAGGGUUUUCUUCCAGACUCCAGCACUGCCAUCCCCCGGCUCCCGGGAAGAACCCCCGCAGCAGGUAGUGGUGGCAGCCCCUCAGCACAAGCAGCCGCCACCGCCGCCACCGAGGAGGCAGCACCAAGGCAAAGUGACAGUGAAAUACGAUAGGAAAGAACUGAGGAAGCGGCUGGUGUUGGAGGAAUGGAUCGUGGAGCAGCUCAGUGAGCUGUACGGAUGCGAGGAAGAGGAGAUGCCAGAAGUGGAAAUAGACAUUGAUGAUCUUCUAGAAGCAUCUAGUGAGGAAGAAAGAAUUCUUAAAUUACAGGACUCAUUAGUAGACUGCUACAAACCAACAGAGGAAUUUAUUAAUCAACUUUUAUCUCGGAUAAGAGGAAUGAGAAAACUGAGCCCCCCUCAAAGAAAGGAUGUAUAAAGCCUCGCCAUGCCUGUCCAGGUCUCAAGAUAAACAUCAGGGCAUCAAGAUCUCCAAGACCUUUUAGGGAAAAAUAGAUUAUCUUUCUCAAGAACUCUUUAUAUUGCUGUGUUAUGGGGGGAUGUAUUGCAAAGUAGUUGCAAAGAGAAAAUCUGUUUCAUUACUAUUGUGGUAGCUAAUAAAGUUAUUCAACGGGGCUAUGUCGAGCCACUGGUGAUGUGAUACUGUAAUCUAAAAGAGACACUGCAGCCGAAAUUAAACUUAUCAAAUAGCAGGCUAUGGAACUCACAGAUGUUUAUCUAGUUGUGGGUAAUAGAGAAGUCGGGCAAUAUUUUAGUGGGGUUUUUUUUCUUUGAGGCAAGGAAAUGAGAAAGCCAUUAUCAUUUAGUAAAGCUAGGGUAAGGGAACGGGAAAGGCAUUUUCCUUGUGCUUGUCACUUCCAGGGUACUCUGCUCUGUUGAGAAGUACACAUUUUCUCACUGAACUCUGAAAAAAAUGCCAAUGGAACUGACUACACCUUGAUUUCUGAACCCUUUGCUUUCAUAAAGGGACAAGUUGGAUUUUAGUGUUCUUGCCCCUUUUAAAUAUCAAGAUAAAACAAAUGAAACGCCUGGCAUUAUUUUUCAGUAGUACGAGGGCUGAGCCAUCACAUCCUUCUCAGUGAAUUCAAUGACUUAGACUAGUUUGUAUGUUCAUUACUAUUGUCUGAAAUGUUGUGUAGUAUAGUAAUUUAUUACUUUUCAGCUUGGAAAGUACAAAGAGCUGAACAUCUGAAGAACAUUACUGCUGUGUCUCAACUUGAUGUGUACAAUGCUCUGUAUGUUUUCACUAUACAAGACUUUCUGGGUUUGUAAAGCCUGUAUCUUGCCAAUGGUUCUCUCUGAAGCCCAAACACAGGAAUUUUUUACAUUUUUAUUUAAAUGUUUUUGUUUUCUUUUAUCCAGACUUAGUAUAAUCCAAUGAAGCAGUCUCAUUACUUUUCCACAUGCAGUGGUUUUUAUCUUCUAUUAGUUUUAAACAUUUAUUUUUAGAAAGUGAUUUUAGGCGAUAAAUGGUACAGUACCUUUAUUUAAAAUAAAAGACAUUUAAUCAAAGAGAGAUGUUUGUGGAGAAAUAUGAAUUGGAAUAUGUUACCGCAGCUCACUUUUUUUUUUAUUUAUAAACCCUAUGCAAAAAUCAUGUGAAGUGCAUUAGAAUAAGCACUUUAUCUAUUUUAUAUGGGUAACCUUGGUGAAUAUUAACACCUAGACCCUUUGUGUGUGGCUCUAAUGGAAAGAAUUGCAAAACCUGUUGCCAUGUAGUACGUAUCUAUUAACAUCAGUUCUGCACAACCUCUUUGGGUUCUGCAGAUACUUUCCAUGAACUGCACAGCUAAGUCACUUUAAAAUUACAUAUGGACAUUUUACUAGAAUGCCAAAGAACAUUAAUUCCCCUAUGCUCUGCCAAACAACAGUAAGAGAGAAAAAUAGUUGAAGAAGAUAAUUCACAUAGUAUAGAGUCCUCCCUAUCACAGACUUGCCUGGCUUCUCUUAAGAACUGAGAGAUGAGAAGCACUGGCAGUACCUGAGCUGAGGUUAUAAUUGCACAAACUUCAGUCUCCAAUUUAGUUCUAGGUCAGCUUGGUUGUCUGACAUGUGCUGAACCUCUAGGACUAAUAAUACCCCUUGUAGUAAAAUGUAAGGAUAUUGGAAGUCUCUGAGGCAUGAGUGCUUUUAUGCAGCCAAUGGAACUCCAAGGUGACUAUUAUUCCUAUAUUUUACAACAGGGGUACAUUACUUUUUACAAUACCAAUGUCUCAUUGAGUCAUUUGAGACAAAUUACAUCACUAAACACUAAGUACAAUUCAUAACAUCACUAAGCACAGUUUAUAAGGAUAUAUCUUACAGGUUAUUCAUGGCUCUUGUGUAUUAUAUAUCACUAACUGUAAACUGAAUCUUGCGUCAUAAAUCUGACUCCUAGACUUGGGUUCCAGUUUAAAAAUAUUAAUAAACCCUUGAUCUUAA